GUGUCGUGCGAGGCUUAGUGCUCACUGGUGCUCAGACAGAAGGAAGUGACAGACUCCGUCGUUGAUAGCUGUCACUAUUUCACAUUCUCCCAGCAUGUCUGACAACCGGCGGGGUCUCGUUUAUUUGGUCACCGGAGGAUGCGGCUUUCUCGGCAGGCAUUUGCUGAGGAUUUUGCUGGAGAAGGAGGACGAACUGGCGGAGGUCCGGGUUUUUGACAAACACAUAGACUCAAGUUUACUUGGACUCGGCACAGAGCGGACAAAGGUGGUGGUCAUUCAGGGGGACAUCACUGACUACAGCAGUGUUUUGGAGGCCUCCCGGGGGGCCGAUGUCGUUAUCCACACAGCCAGCUUGGUGGACGUUUGGCACAAAAUCCCAGAGACCCUCAUUGUGUCUGUCAACGUCACAGGAACGGAGAAUGUGAUCAAUGCCUGUGUGGAGUGUGGCAUCCAGUGCCUGGUCUACACCAGCAGCAUGGAAGUGAUUGGUCCCAAUGUCAACGGAGACCACUUUAUCAGGGGCAAUGAAGACACACCUUACCAAGUGAAACACACUAUGGCCUAUCCUAGGAGCAAGGCAAAGGCAGAAAAAAUAUUGCUUGAUGCUAAUGGCACCAAGGUGAAGGGUGGAAAAUGUUUGUACACAUGUUCUCUGAGGCCAACGGGGAUCUAUGGUGAGGGGCACCAACUAAUUAAGGAUUUCUACAAGAUGGGCAUACAAAGGGGGGGCUUACUCAUCGGCGGUGUCCCAGAGGACUCUGAACAUGGACGGGUCUAUGCAGGCAAUGUGGCCUGGAUGCACGUACUUGCUGCACGAGCCCUGAGAGAGCGCCCACAGAUAGUUGGAGGUGAAGCUUACUUCUGCUACGAUGACUCUCCCUACAAGAACUACGAGGAUUUCAACAUGCAGUUCUUUAGCAAAUUUAACUUCCGACGGGUCCGCAUGCCCUCACUGGUGAUCUGGUUCCUGGCCAUGUUUAAUGACCUGCUUCGCUGGAUAAUGAGCCCCUUGUUCAACUACACACCGUUGCUGAACCGUUACACCUUGGCUGUGGCUUGUACCUCCUUCACUGUCUGCACAGACAAAGCCCUGCGCCACUUCCAGUACCGCCCUCUGUACGACUGGGACGAAUGUCAAGCCCGCACACAGAAAUGGGUUGAUACAUUCCAUCUGGAUAGCCCGAAAGAUGCCUAAUGUUACCUCAACUACUGCAACACGCAUCCGAAGCACCUACGUAGACAUGACAGACUCCAGAUAUGUGUGGAGUAACCAGCUAUUAUGUAACAAUAAAAGCAAAGAGUAUUUACAGAAUGAAAACAUUUUAUAUCAUUGUUAUAUUUGUCUAGUGUUCGAACACAAUGAAAGCAUUUGUUCAGAUGAAGUACAUACGUUAAUAGUGUUAUAUAUGAUAUAUAUAUGUGUAUAUAUAUAAUGUAAUUAUUGAAUUUCAUUUGCUUCACUUCAUUCUAAUUUGCAGUUUUUGGACAUUAAACAUUUCAAUUUAGAGAUUGUCUAACAUCGUUUUUUGUAAUUAUGUAAAUUAUGAUAAAUGUAAAACCAGUUUACUUCAUUUUUAUAUGAA